AUGUCCGGAAAGGCGGCCAUCACUCAGAUAGUCAAACUCCUCGUGCCCGCCGGUAAGGCGUCGCCGUCGCCUCCUGUCGGUCCCGCGCUCGGUGCGCGUGCCGUCAAGGCCAUGGACUUUUGCAAGGAGUUCAACGCCCGUACCGCGCACUUUAAGACCGACCUCCCGAUCCCUACGUUGAUCACCAUCAACCCCGACCGCACCUUCACCUUCACCUUCCGCACCCCGCCUGUGAGCUACCUGCUCAAGAAGGCCGCCAAGAUUGAGAAGGGCUCUGGAAACGUUGGCGCGGGCAAGAUUGCCACCAUCUCCCUCAAGCAUGUGUACGAGAUUGCCAAAGUCAAGUGUACCGAGGACGGCCUCAAGCACCUGGGCGAGGAGCGCGUGGCCCGCAGCAUUAUCGGUAGCGCCCGCACGCUCGGUAUCGAGGUCGUGCCAUAG